AUGGCGACUCACAGUGGGAGGGCUUGUAGGAGCCUAAUGCCUACUUUUUUAGCAGUAAACAUGGUAGUUUACUUGAUCAUACUCGGACUAGCUGAUUUAGGUGGCAAUCCGUCAACAAGCUUUAUGUUGAUAUUUGGUCUGAUCGGCAGCAUAAUCGGUGCUUGUUCGGUGAUAGCCGGUCUCUUUCAUCACUUUGCUUGGACAUAUUACAGUUUUGCUGCUUCAGCUUCUUCGGCCAUCGUUUCAUGGGCCGUUACCGCUCUUGCUUUUGGUCUGGUGUGCAAGGAGAUUGUACUAGGAGGUCAUAGAGGAAAACGCUUGGUAACAAAAUUUGAACUCCCUUAA